AUGGCUUCAGAAACCAAGAUUCUGCCCAAAAAGGGCGAGCGAAAUAUCCUCAUUACCAGUGCUCUGCCCUAUGUGAACAAUGUGCCUCAUCUGGGCAACAUCGUGGGCUCCGUCCUCAGUGCUGAUGCUUUUGCUAGAUACCACAAGGCCUGUGGACGACAGACUCUCUACAUCUGUGGAACAGACGAGUACGGGACCGCAACGGAGACGAAAGCUUUGGAGGAGAAGGUGACUCCGGAGGAGCUCUGCGCCAAAUACAACAAGAUUCACCAGGAAGUUUACGAGUGGUUCGAGAUUGGAUUCGACCAUUUCGGCCGCACUCCUACCAAGCAGCAUACCGAAAUCUCGCAGGCCAUCUUCAAAAGACUCUACGACAAUGGUUACCUGACGGAGAAGACUGCUGAACAGCCAUACUGUGAAACCCAUGGGUCGUUUUUGGCGGAUCGCUAUGUCGAGGGAGAGUGCCCCCGAUGCCACUACGAAGAUGCGCGCGGAGACCAGUGCGACAAGUGCGGACAUUUGCUUGAUCCUUUUGACCUCAUCAAACCCCGUUGCAAGCUGGAUGGAGCCACACCCGUCCGCCGCCCCACGAAACACAUCCACCUUCUUCUGGACAAGUUGCAGCCGGAGAUCGAGAAAUGGGUUCUUCCUGCCAUGGAGGAGGGCAACUGGCCCAAAAACUCUCGGGAUAUUACCAAAGCCUGGCUUAAGGAAGGCUUGAAGGAUCGUGGUAUUACGAGAGAUCUUAAAUGGGGUGUUCCCGUUCCCCUUCCCGGGUUCGAGAAUAAGGUUCUUUAUGUGUGGUUUGAGGCCUGCAUUGGUUAUCCCUCAAUCACAGCCAACUAUACUUCAGAGUGGGAGCAGUGGUGGCGCAACCCGGAAGAGGUCCAGCUGUAUCAGUUCCUUGGUAAGGACAAUGUACCCUUUCACAGUGUGAUUUUCCCUGGCUGCGAACUGGGCACCAAGGACAAAUGGACCAUGCUGCACCAUCUCAGUACCGCCGAAUACCUAAACUAUGAAGGAGGCAAGUUCAGCAAGUCUCGAGGAAUCGGUGUCUUUGGAAAUAAUGCCAAGCAGACCGGCGUUCCCCCAGAUGUCUGGCGGUACUAUCUCCUGAAGAACCGUCCUGAGACUGGCGACACUCAAUUUGAGUGGCGUGCGUUUGUUGAUUGCAACAACAGUGAAUUGCUGGCUAAACUGGGCAACCUGGUUAACCGUGUUGUUAAGCUGGUCGCGGCGUCUUAUAACUCCAUCAUCCCCGAAUUUACUGUUCCUGAGAGCUUCCAGCCAAACUUGGAUGAAAUCACUUCUACUCUUCGCCAAUAUAUUGAAGAGAUGGAAGAUGUCCACCUGCGUGCUGGUGUCAACACCGCGAUGAGGCUUGCGGAGGCCGGCAAUGGUCUUAUCCAGGCCAACCGACUAGACAACACUCUUAUUGCGAAUGAACCCGAGCAUGCCGCGGCAGUUGUGGGAACUGUCAUGAAUUUGAUCUACCUUCUAUCCAGUGUCUUUGCUCCUUAUCUUCCCGCGACCUCCAAGUCCAUCCUCGAGCAGCUUAAUGCACCUUUCGCAGUGAUUCCAUCUCUCGAUGAUAUCAAGGAUGGGUGGAAACCAUCGGCUUUGAAGGGAGGCCACAAGAUCGGCAAGGCCAAGUACCUCUUCUCUCGCAUUGACCCGAAGAAGGCCGACGAAUGGCGUGAGAUGUUUGGUGGAUCCCAGGCAGACCGACAGAAGAAGGAAGACGAAGCUGCCAAGAUCGCUGCGAAGAAGGCAGCCAACAAGGCAAGCAAACUGAAGAAGAAGGAGAAGAAAGCAGCUCAGGCUGCUGUCGGCGGUGUUGAAGCCUCCGCUAAGGGAGGCGCAGAAGCAACCGAUGUCACUACUGAGGGCAAGAAUGAUGAGGCGGUGGAGAAGAUUGUGGACGGCGUGGCGCAAGUUACGAUUCCGACAUCGUAA